CCACAGUCUAAAGACUGAAAUGCGCCGCUGGCCGAAAUGUAGGGAUGGCAAUAAAACGCUACAUUUGGAACAAAAAUAAUUUUAAAGAAGCAUUUCUAAUUAAUCACUACAUUGCACACACAUCAACCAUCACCUUCUACCUGUUUACAACAAACAAUUCGAAUAUUAUAAUACCUAAUAAUGACACUAUUUCGUACUUAAAAUUAUUGUUUUGAAUAUGCUGCAGAAGAGAAGAGGGCGUGCGCGUGGGCAGGGUUUAUGUGUUGAGCACCGUCCCAUCAAAUUAAAUGCAAGAGACUGACCCAUUCAUUACAGUCGGAAAUAUAGCGACACACCGUUGGAACGGUGUGGUGCUGCAGCGCUUCGCGAGUGCUAGUGCUGAAACGAAUUUGACUUGAUCCUCCGUCGGCAGCAAGGAACUAUAACAUAAUAUAACCCAAGAAAUGCUGACAAGUGCCCCUCGAUCCUCACUGCAGUAGUUAGCUAGAAUUUAAAGACCUCUCGUUUUGCAUUGCUGGCCCCUGCAAGGGAAAUGCAGGUUUGCUCAUCUGUGCUCAGCUCGUGAAUGGAAAGCAUCGCCAAGCUGGACGUAACCUCUCCAUUCUGCGCACAAAUCUUGGUGCCGUGAUCAAGUGGUGACUGAACGGACGUCGUUUUGGCAGCGGUCUCCUGGAAAGUAGGAUGGAUACCUUCUUCGCCGAGGGGGCCCGUGUCUGGGUGAGGGAUAAGGAGCAGUUCCACCCUUCCACUGCCAGUACCUGUGCCGAUGGCUCCCUGAUCCUCACCACUGACUAUGGACAGGUGAUCUGCCUGCAGCCGGGAGAAGUGAGCAGGGAGACGGUGUACCCCAUGCACCAGACCAGCAUUGAUGGGGUGGAGGACAUGUCCACGCUGGCCGAGCUCCACGAAGCCGCCAUCAUGCAUAACCUCUACCAUCGCUACCAGAAGGACCAUAUCUAUACCAACAUCGGGUCCAUCCUGGCGGCGGUGAACCCCUACAAGCCCAUCGCCGGGCUGUACGACCUGGCCGCCGUGGAGCUGUACAGCCAGCACCACCUGGGCGAGCUGCCGCCCCACAUCUUCGCCGUGGCCAACGAGUGCUACCGCUGCCUGUGGAAGAGACACGACAGCCAGUGCAUCCUCAUCAGUGGAGAGAGUGGUGCAGGAAAGACGGAGAGCACCAAACUGCUGCUGCAGUUCCUGUCAGUCAUGAGCCAGAACUCCGCUGGGACCCCGCCCUCCGAGAGGACCACCCAUGUAGAGGAGGCCAUUGUACAAAGCAGUCCCAUAAUGGAGGCAUUUGGAAAUGCCAAGACCGUGUACAACAACAACUCCAGCCGCUUUGGGAAGUUCAUCCUGCUGCACUUCUCCCAGAAUGGCAACAUCCAUGGAGGCUGCAUAAUCGACUAUUUACUUGAAAAGAACCGUGUGGUGCGACAAAACCCCGGGGAGCGUAAUUUUCACAUCUUCUACGCACUACUGGCAGGAGCUGACAAGAACCAAAUAGAGCAAUACUUCCUGACAGAGCCAGAGUCUUACCACUACCUGAGCCAGGCUGGCUGUGUGAAGGACAGGAGCCUGGAUGACAAGAGGCUGUUUGACAGUGUGAUGGAAGCGCUGAAGGUCAUGGAGUUCACAGAUGAGGAGAUCCGCGAUGUGUUCAAGCUGCUUUCUGGGGUCCUACAGAUGGGCAAUAUUGAGUUCAUGACCGCUGGGGGGGCACAGAUCACCACUAAGGCAGUGGUCAGUAUUGUGAGUGAUCUCUUGGGCCUGGACUGCUUCCAGCUGUCUGAGGUUCUGACCCAGCGCUCCAUGAUCCUGCGAGGGGAGGAGAUCUGCUCUCCUCUGACUGUGGAGCAGGCAGUAGACUCACGUGACUCGGUUGCCAUGGCUUUAUACUCAGAGUGCUUCUCCUGGAUAAUCAUGAAGAUCAAUCAGAAGAUUAAAGGGAAAGACAACUUUAAGUCCAUUGGUAUCUUGGACAUUUUCGGCUUUGAGAACUUUGAGGUAAACCGGUUUGAGCAGUUCAAUAUCAACUAUGCCAAUGAAAAACUGCAGGAGUACUUCAACAAGCACAUCUUUUCCCUUGAACAGCUGGAGUAUAACAGGGAGGGAAUACGCUGGGAAGCUAUAGACUGGAUGGACAACGCAGAGUGCCUGGAUCUGAUUGAGAAGAAACUGGGCCUACUGGCGCUCAUCAACGAGGAGAGCCGUUUCCCCAAAGGCACAGACGAUACACUCUUAGAGAAACUACACAGCCGGCACGCCACUAACCCUUAUUAUGUGAAGCCUAGGGUGGCAGAUCAUCAGUUUGGCAUAAAGCACUAUGCUGGAGAGGUUCUGUAUGACGUGAGGGGGGUUCUGGAGAAGAACAGAGACACGUUCAGAGAUGAUAUUCUAAACAUGCUGAAGGAAAGCAGGUUGGACUUCAUCUAUGACUUGUUCGAGCAAGUGGGGAGCCGGAGCAGUGAGGAGACUAUAAAGAUGGGCACCGCCAGACGCAAGCCUACAGUCAGCUCACAGUUCAGGGACUCCCUGCAUGCUCUAAUGGCCACCCUGAGUGCUUCCAAUCCCUUCUUUGUCCGCUGCAUCAAACCCAACAUGCAGAAGAACGCUAACAUAUUUGAUCCGGAAGUGGUCCUGAAUCAGCUGCGCUACUCUGGGAUGUUGGAGACGGUAAAGAUCCGGCGGGCUGGGUUCCCCGUUCGCAGGACGUUUAAGGACUUCUUCAGCAGGUACAAGAUCAUCCUGAAGGACAAAAACGCCACCGGCGAGGAAAAGCGCAAAUGCACAGACCUUCUGACUCAGUACGACAAGGCCAAGGCAGAGUGGCAGCUCGGGAGGACAAAGGUGUUCAUGAAGGAGUCCCUGGAGCAGAAGCUGGAGAAGGCCAGGGAGGGAGUUCGGUGUAAGGCGGGGUUGGUGAUACGAGCCUACAUACUGAGAUAUACAGCCAGGAAGUACUACAGGAAAGUUCUGGCCAGCAUCGUCACUAUCCAGAAGAACUACCGCGCUUACUUCUGGAGACGCGCUUUCCUGCGCGUGCGCUCGGCCACGCUGGUCUUCCAGAAGCACCGCCGGGGACAGCUGGCUCGCGCCUUAUCCUGCCAGCUGCGAGAGAAAAAGAGGAGAGAGGAAGAGGAGAUUAAGAAGAAGGAGGAAGAGGCGGCGCUGCUGCGGAGAAAACAGGAAGAGCUGAAGGCCAGACAGGAAAUGGAUGGGGUGGGGACGGGAGACGGCAGGAAUAAUAUGGGAAUGGAUCAGCUGUGUGCCCAGGGAGGGCUGCCCCAAGGUGCGAGCUCUCGCUCCUUGGAAGAGGAGACUCGUCAGAUGGAGGAGAUCCUGCGGCUGGAGCGGGAGAUCGAGCGGCUGCAGAAGCAGCGGGAGCAGGGCGUGUCCCAGCUGUGUGAGAGCUCGCGGAACGAGCUGCAGCAGAGGCGCGACGCCGAGACCCACAGGCAGGAGAAGGAGACCCCCAGCGGGGCGGCGGGCCCGCCGGGCGUCGGAGGCCCAUCCGGAGAGGAGGCUGCCCGUAACCCCUCUGUGACCGCCCGCGCUUCCGAGGAAGAGGUGGACGAGGGCUUUCACGCGGACGACGAGUGCAUCCCCCUCCCGGACUUCCCGCCCCCUGCGGAGGGCUCCCUGGACCACGACAUCCUCACCAACCUGCCCCCUCCCCCGCCCGGCUUUGCGGAAGGGAUGGUGCCUCCCCCACCCCCGCCGCCCCCACCCCCACCCCUGCCAGGCUCUGUCAAAGGGAACGACGACGUGGCAGCUCAGAACGCAGAGCAAGCCAAACGCGAGAGCCUGCCGGACUCUGAGCCCAUUUACACUGUCCCGCCUGAUGUGGAGUCAGACUAUGACCAGGAUGAGCUUGAGGAAGCCCAGGGCAGCUCUGGGGAUGCUGGCAGCACCAUUGAAGGUCAAAUGACCGACGAGGAGGUGCUUCGCAAGUCCACCUGCACCUACAGCAGCCUGGACUCACACCGCGGCAGCUCAGACUCUUUCAUAGACAGUGACGAUGACAACGAAGGAAAUGCAGACACAGACGAGGAGGCGUCCGGCGAGAGAGUGAACCUCUUAAAUGGGAAUGGACCCCCAUACUUCCACAGCUACCUCUACAUGAAGGGUGGGCUGAUGAACCCCUGGCGGCGGCGCUGGUGUGUGCUGAAAGAUGAGACAUUCAUGUGGUUCCGGGCCAAACAGGAGUCGCUCAAGUCCGGCUGGCUGUACAAAAAGGGCGGGGGCCUGUCCACGCUGUCGCGGCGGAACUGGAAGAUGCGCUGGUUUGUGCUGCGGGAAGCCAAGCUCAUGUACUUUGAGAACGACACUGAGGAAAAGCUAAAAGGCACCAUCGACGUGCGAACAGUCAAGGAAAUUGUGGACAACCACGAGAAGGAGAAUGCGUUAAACAUUGUGACUGAGGAGAGGACUUAUCACGUGUCUGCAGACUCCCCAGAGGAUGCCAGCGGCUGGUUUAACGUUCUGAGUCGGGUCCAGACCGCCACCCCAGUUCAACUGCAGGAGAUGCAUCACGAGCAGGCCAACCCAAAGAAUGCCGUGGGAACUCUGGAUGUUGGGCUGAUUGACUCGGUCUGUGCCUCAGACAAUCCAGACAGGCCCAACUCCUUUGUGAUCAUCACAGCCAAUCGGGUGAUCCACUGUAAUACGGAUCUUCCAGAGGAGAUGCACCACUGGAUCAGCCUGUUGCAAAAGCCUAAGGGAGACAACAAGAUCGAGGGCCAGGAGUUCCUUGUGAGAGGCUGGCUGCACAAGGAGGUGAAAUCUGGAGGAAAAAGCACCUCCAUGAAGCUGAAGAAGCGCUGGUUUGUCCUGACAAAUAACUCUCUGGACUACUACAAGUCCUCUGAGCGCAGCUCCUCCAAGCUUGGCACCCUGGUGCUCAACAGCCUCUGCUCUGUGAUGCAGCCUGAUGAAAAGGUCUUCAAAGAGACCGGCUACUGGAACAUCAUUAUUCACGGGCGGAAGCACUCCUAUCGUCUCUACACCAAAAUGCUGAAUGAAGCCAUGAGAUGGGGAUCUGCCAUACAGGGUGUCAUCGACAACAAGGUGGCAAUCGAGACUCCCACCCAGCAACUGAUCCGAGACAUCAAGGAGACCAGUCUGAACACAGAGGCAGUGGAGCAGAUGUACCGCAGGAAUCCCAUCCUGAGAUACACGCAGCACCCUCUGCACUCCCCUCUGCUGCCCCUACCAUACGGGGAGGUGAACACCAACCUUCAAAAGGAGAAGGGCUAUGCCAGCCUGCAGGAUGAGGCGGUGAAGAUGUUCAACUCUCUGCAGGAGAUGGAGACCGUGUCAGACCCGGUCCCAAUCAUCCAGGGCAUCCUACAGACAUGCCAGGACCUGCGGCCCCUGCGUGAUGAGGUGUACUGCCAGCUGAUCAAACAGACCAAUCACGUUCCCCAGCCCAACAGCCCAGCCAACUGCACCCACUGGCACCUGCUUACCUGCAUGAGCUGUACCUUCCUGCCCAGCCGGGCCAUCCUGCGCUACCUCAAAUUUCACCUCAAGAGGAUCAGGGAACAGUUUCCAGGGACUGACAUCGAGAAGUAUGCUCACUUUAUUGGUGAGUCUCUGAAGAAGACCAAAACCAGGGAAUAUGUGCCGUCUCAGGAAGAGAUCACCGCCCUGCUGACCAGGCAGGAGAUGACCACAACAGUGUACUGUCAUGGAGGGGGCUCGUGCAAGAUCUCCAUAAACUCCCACACCACAGCUGGAGAGGUGGUGGAGAAGCUGAUUCGAGGUCUGGCCAUGGAGGACAGUAGGAACUUGUUUGCCCUCUUUGAGCACAAUGCCACAAGUGACCGGGCUGUAGAGAGCCGAAUAAUCGUGGCCGACGUGCUGGCCAAGUUUGAGAGGCUGACAGGGAGCGAUGAAGAGGAGGAGGAAGGCCAGUGGAGGCUCUAUUUCAAAUUGUACUGUUUCCUGGAUGUGGAGAGUGUGCCAAAAGAAGGGGUGGAGUUUGCCUUCAUGUUUGAACAGGCCCACGAGAGUCUGAUCAGCGGCCAUUUCCCCGCGCCGGAGGAGACACUCCAGCACCUGGCUGCCCUGCGCCUGCAGUACCUGCACGGGGAUGUGGGCCGGGCCAACUGGAGCCUGGACAACAUCUACCCCGUGGGACGUCUGCGCACCCGCAUCCUGCAGUCCACCAAGAUGGGCGGGGCCGGGGGGGCCUCAGGCCUGCCGGGCCACGUCCAGGAGAAGAGGCGGCCCAGCUUCCUGGACGGGACCCUGAGACGCAGCUUCAAGACGGGCGCGCAGAAGAAGCAGCGCGUGGAGGAAGAGCAGAUGCUGGAGAUGUGGGUGAAGGAGGAGACGUCGGCCACGCGCGCCAGCAUCCUGGAGAAGUGGUCCCGCCUCCAGGGCCUGCCCCAGCACCAGGCCAUGCUCAAAUACAUGACCAUCAUCAAGGAGUGGCCUGGCUAUGGCUCCACCCUCUUUGAUGUGGAGUGUCGAGAGGGAGGCUUUCCUCACGAUCUGUGGCUGAGUGUGAGUGCAGAGAAUGUGUCUGUGUACAAGAGAGGGGAGCCCAAGCCUCUGGAAACCUUCCAGUAUGAGCACAUUGUCUUUUUUGGGGCGCCCCAGGCCAGCACCUACAAGAUCACUGUGGAUGAGAGAGAGAUGUUCUUUGAAACCCCACAGGUUGGGGAGAUCACCAAGAUCAUGAAAGCCUACAUCAACAUGAUCGUGAAGAAGAGAUGCAGUGUGAGGUCUGUGUCCAGCUGUGGCAGUGCCUGGAUCAGGUGAUCAAUAUGGCCCAAUCAGCACAGCAUCCUUGCAGCGAGAGGAGGUGCAUGGCAACAGGAAGGAAGUCUGUACUAAAGGGAAGCCAGUCAGCUGGUUGGGAAGCUUUUGACAUCAAAAGGUGUGAUGAGAAGAGUGUCUUAAAACUUGUGAAAUAUUUUGCUACGUCUCUCAAUACGUGUGCAAAUAACUAGCACAUUCUAUUGUAAUAACAAAAGGCUAUCUCAGCAAUUGGAGCACAAAUAUAUGAGUUAGAUCUCUCCUGUUUUAACUGCCAAAACCAUAACAGAUCCGUCUGCUUGCUUUACCUGGUUUUCCCCACGUUAUGCAAACUCGCUCUCACACCAGUCAGCCUUGGAUGCUGUCUCCUUGCAGCAGUGGUAACAGUGACAUGGGAGUCUCUCAUCCGUGGGGUCCAGGCUGAGUUCAGGUCUGAGUUUCAAUACUUUCACAAUCAGUGCCAUGUUAUCACAUGCCCCUGCAUGGCCCCGAAGCUGCCAUGCAGGCGUAUCACUGAGCUUUUCCAGGCACGCAUCUCUAAUACUGGAGCCUUCGACAGAUUUCUGUAUGUGUUUUUUGCACAAUAUGUGACUAUUAUGAUAUAUAUCAAAUGACAGUUAACUAACAGGAUACUUGUUUUCUGCACCGGGGUGUAAAAUUGAAUUCACGGAGGCCUGUAUGCUAGUUUUAAUCCAACUAUUCCUCCUGGCUAACAGGGUUCUGUUAAUGAACCAGAAAGAUUUACUGAGUUCCCAGACUAUAAGAUAUUUCUAUUGAGGUGUUGAGGCACUCAAAAAAGAGAAACUGAGGAAAUGAUUCAACCAAAUAAGUAAUUAAUUAGCUAAGAGUGUAGGUUGGAGCAAAGACCAGCAUACACACCCUCCAAGAGUUGACAACCAUUUUUUUAUUGUAUACACCCAUUACACUGUAUUUUAAUUUUAUAUUCACAGCAUACAUUUUGUGUCUUCAUUUUAUGAAGCAGGAACCAAGUUGUCUAUCAAUUCCACAUAAUAAGAAUGAAAGGAUGUGGAUGAUUAAUAAGUCUGUAUACAAACACAACUGAUAUUUCAGGUAUGGUUCUUUACGGAUUGGAGAGCAAUAUCAGUCCAGAUGCAAAACUGGUAAGAACCAUCUCCAUCUCUGAAUCUAAUGCCUUAAACAGACUUGCUGCUUCUUAAUUCUGCAUUGUAGUGGAUCCAUUACUGAAUAUUGGUUGAUAAAAAUUUAUCCUGGCAUGAACGUCUAAAGUGUUGAGUGUUGACUUUUUACCCCAUUCCUUUGUGACUGGCUUUAUACACUGUUGAGCCAUUGAGAAAAUUUGAAGAGUUUAGAAUAACAUAAUUCUACUGUUCUAUUCUGCCACUACAUUCAUAUUAUUCCCUUUCCUAAAACUAGUGUGAAUCCAAAUGUGUGUAAAACUGAUUAAUGUACAACAAAAGUCUUGAGUAACUGAACAGUACUGUGUGAUUUGCUAAUAGAUAUGCAACUGCUUUGUGUAAUGAAACGUGACUGAGUGUUGAACCUAUUGAUGAAACGGAAAAGAGUAUUGUAGGUAAACAUACAUUCGUAGCUGGGUCCUUUUGUUUUUGGAGGAUGUUUUACAUGUGUUUUAAAGAAGAGGAGUAUUGUCUAAUGGGUCAGCGAGUUAUGGGGUAUUUAUUCUAUUUCCUAUGAUAAUUAUAAUGCC